CUCAGUUACUUUUUGAAGUUCAGAUUCAGGCAACAUAAUGAGAAUGAACUGACGCUGGAUAGUUGAAUCAACUUUCGUUCAUAUAAUGGCGUUUGUAAGAGGAAUUCGCGACCAGUCUGACAGUUUUACGAGCUAGACCGAGUUUCUUUUAUACGAUUAAGAGAGAGGAUAGAGCGCCACUGGAGCGGGACGCGACCCAGCAUCAUGCCCAAGGUGUCGAAGAUGAAGAAGCCCGACGUCAAGGUGGUUCUCCUGGGAGACAUGAACGUGGGGAAGACGUCGCUGCUCCACAGGUACAUGGAUAGAAAGUUCAAAGACACCAUCAGCACCGUUGGAGGGGCGUUUUUCCUCAAGCAGUGGGGACCUUACAAUAUCUCAAUAUGGGACACUGCCGGUCGGGAACAGUUCCACGGGUUGGGCUCAAUGUACUGUCGAGGUGCUGCCGCUGUCAUCUUCACGUAUGACGUCACCAACUGGCAGAGCCUAGCUGAACUGGAGGAGCGCUUCCUGUCCCUGACAGAUACUGCUAACCACGAUUGCAUUUACGCCGUAGUGGGCAACAAGGCUGAUCUCACAGACCCUAAAGCCCAGCUGUCUCAGGACUCGGAUGUGGCGUCUGAGGACCGAACUGAGUGUGAGGAGGAGAGGACAGAACCACAGGUGCUGUCUGCUUGCCCCACACCCCCGGCUUCCCCUGUUUCCUUCUCUAGGAUAACGCUACACAAACAGGUCACCCCUGAGGAUGCAGUGGCUUUUUAUGGGAGAAUACUGCGCUACAAGGGCCUGGAGGAAAAGAGCAGCCUGCCUGCAGAGAAAAUGUGCUUCGAGACAAGUGCCAAGACGGGCUACAAUGUGGACACUCUGUUUGAGGCAUUGUUUGAUCUGGUGCUUCCUUCCAUCUUGAGAAAGAGAAGUGAGAACCAGGAGUCUCCUACAGUGGACCUGGAGGAGUGCAGAGGGGCCAGCAACAAGCGGGCCAGAUCUGCCUGCUGCUAGGGGCUAGAGGCUGUUACCAGCAGAGACUUGUUUUUAACAAAGGACAAUCAAGAGAUUGGUCUGCGUACCGAAUACAUACUGUGAUGGUACUACUUAUUUGCCUCGACUGAAAACCAAUAGCAUUAAUGACCUCCCAGUAACACAAACGCACAUUCUUGCUAGCAGCUAGCAUUCAUAGUGUACGCUGACAUUUGAAGGAAGGGAAAUAAACGCAUGUUGCGUUAUCGCUCUAUGCUUUAAAGCCUUUCAACCCAACGACUGAACCGCACUUGUAUCCCAAAGAUGUGCCCGUAGGCAAAUAACACACAUAAGAAGUCAACCACUGCUUUUUUGGACUGAGAAUGUCACAAAUUAUCAGCACUAAUUGUUAGGUGGGUGGCACUGUUUAUUAUUGUUGUAUUUUAAGGUUUCCACAAAUCACACUUUUGUUGUCUUUUAUGUUUUGUUACUAGCAUUGAUACUGCUCUUUAUUUUUUUGGCACUUUUGGAUCUUUUUUUAAUGAGUGUUAAUAAACCUGUCAAAUUUUUAA